AUGGAUGUUGAUGAGAUUCAGGAGGAACGCGAUCUCAGCGGCAGGCAAGAUAUGACGUUCGCUAACACCGAGGAAUUGACCGCCACUUUCUACGCUCAUCUUCCAGUAGAGGUGAAGAAAGCCCUCAAGGGAACAGACCUUCGCGAACAAUCUUACUCGGGAGAUAUCGAUACGUUGACAGGCUUCGCGAUUGUGGCUUCCAGGGAAAUUUGCUUCGUAUGGAAACAUGCUCAGGCUCUGACAGGGACACCGACUUGCUAUAUUUUUCUCUGCCCCCAAGCCGAAAAUGGACGAGAGGAUAUCAUGACCACUCCUUUUUACGCCCUCAUUCCUCACGGUCCCACAAGGGAACCUGGUCUGAUCAUUAGCUCACAUAUAGGCCAGAUCCGCUUCUGGGAUGGCGUUGGUAUGGGCCUUGCUGGUGGCGACAACUUUACAUAUUACAAUCUAAGCCUAGAUCAAGGAGAAUUGGUAACAACACUCUCUCGGGCAGACCCCCGGACAUACAUCAUCUCAACAUCAAAGGGCCGCCUCUUCCGUCUAACCAUAACAGCAACUGGCGGCAAUCGUCUAAGUUUCCAUGAAUUCGGCCAUCCUUCCUCCUCGCUCUCAUUUGCUCAUCUAUUCCCUGGAUUCUUGGGAACAGCGACGGGUAUGAGGCCAAAGUCCGGUCAUAUAAGCGCGGUUGCCCUUGGAGAGCAGUCGAAGACUGCUCUUGGGAGAGAUGUCUGGGCAAUGGUGACCACAAGGAUACAAAAAUGGAAUAUGUCUGUAGAAGGAUGGGAAGAGCUCAUCCUAGAGAAAGAUUUGGCAGAGGUGAUAAGUCACGCUCUGAAAGACAAAUUCGUGGCAGCCGCUGAAAACAUGGCGGCCCUGGAUCUUGAAUUGUUGGACUUGAAGAUGGAAAACUCCAACACUCUUGUCAUCUUAGCAUCCUUCCAGGCUUCGGUGGAUGAAUCAACUAUGGACAUCGACAUGGAACUUCGUCGCGUAUAUGCAAUUGUUCGGAUGGUGAACGCGCUCAACGAGGAACAGUUCAGCGUCGAAAGCGUCAAAUCUGUUCCUUACCAGACUACCUCCACCUCUAUACCCAUUUUGCAUCCCCGCUUACACCUGCUCUCUGGUGGCAAGUUGUUUAUUGUCCAAUUUAGCGAUGCAGUGGCCUUCUGUGCAAGAGACAGCGAUUACAUGGAUCGACUGGAGCUCAAAUCAGAAACAGAUCGCACUCUGGGCAUCGGCGCUGUCGAAAAGGAGACCGAUCUUCUGAUGUUGACAGCCACUACCAUGAUCAAGGUCGAGGUUCAUAUGGAGAAAGUAGUCUCGUUCAGUCAGAUGACUGGCCGCGCUGAUCUUAUCCAGUCCAUCAUGAAACAGGCCAUUCUCUAUGGCUCAUAUUCUGAGAACCCUCUACAAUUUAGCUUCCCACCUGAGAUCGACGAGGAUGCUCUGAUGAUGGGUGCUCAACAGCUGAGCAGAGCAGUCCUGAAAUCAGACGGAAAGAUCGUUCGACCACACCCUGAUCUACAAACACAGAUUGCUGGCCGCAAGGAGAGGCUCAUCUUCCUCAACAAGUUCAUCAUUGACAACGGAGUUAUGGAUAAGAUGUCGCAGCGGAGUCGGCAACAGCUGGAGACAGAUGCUGAGAAGUUAUAUGCAGCUGACCAGUUGUGGCGGCAACAUACCGAAUUUUGGAAGGCUGGCCGCACCCGGAACGUCUUGGACAUGGCUAUCAACGCCUGCAUGAUCGAGAUCGGCGCCGACACCCGUGGGGACUACGUCAGGGAAUUCUUUAGGGUUCACGUAGAGAAAAUCCCCAGCCUCAUUCCUCACGUCCAACGGAUAAUUGGCCGGUCUAUACGUGAAAAUCGACGAAAUCUGGCCGAUGAGAUCUAUCAAGCGAACGAGAUCGCACUGAUUAUUUUGCUAUCUGCCGUCGAAUACCGGCAACAUAACGUGGCCGUAUAUGGCGUUGAACCGCCGCUCAUCAACCCAUGGUCAAGUAGCCCCGAGAUCAUCGAUGCCGUCUGCGAGCUGUUCUACAGUACUGCCCGGCUAGCAGAAGUUCCGAGUGCAGAUCCUGAAACCAUGCAAUCCAUCAGUGACGCGAAAGAUCAGCUGCCGGACCUGGCGUCAGUCCUGUUCGGUUGCAUCCAAGAGCGCCUCCUGUGGCUCAGAAGCCCAUAUACAAAGGAUAGUGACGUCUCCGCGGAGCGGGAGCGACUCACCCUUGAGGAGAAGUUCCGUCAGCUGCGAUCUCAGGUCUUCGACAUUUUACGCAGGAACGGUUUCACUGGAAUGGCAUUCGGCCUUGCGGAGGAGUAUCAAGAUUUCCGAAGCUUGGCAUCCCUGUGCAAUAUGGGGACCGUCUAUCCUCCUGAAGAAAAUCCUUACGCUGCGAGGAUAGAGGCGUACAUUAUGAAAUUCAAGGAACAAUUUGCGACAGAGCUUUAUGAGUGGUACAUUGAGCACGGCGAGUUGCGCACGCUAUUCGCACGACGACAUGACGAGUAUCUUGACGCCUUCUUUGCUUCACACCCCCAUCCGUCUAUAUCGUGGAUACACGAUUUGGGCCGUGGCCGGUAUGAUUAUGCAUCCAAAGCGCUGUUACUUGAGUCGGAACGUACUGUAAACCUUGAAGAGAGGCAUUUCAUCCUCAGCGUCGGAAAAUUGUCGCAGCUGGCACAAUUGCACGCAGCUAAUGGAUCUGUUGAUAUAGACGCGAUAGAGACUUUCCACAUUGGCCUGGACUUCGUUGGUGUUCAUGAAGCACUUCUUGAGGAAUUCAAGGCCGCUCUGGCUGCGUCUGGCAGCAGGCUACCACUAGAUGCGCAAGUAAAAAGCAUCAGCGACAGCCGAGCGCACCAUCUUCAGCACUACUGGGGGCAUCGCCAGCUCUUCAAGCAUCUCGUUCGUGAGCUGCUUAACGGUAAAGCAUUGUCUCCAGAUGACCUCGCGGAGCUCGUCAGUUUAAAAGACAAUUCGCGGAGCCCGAGAGAUUACGCGAUCGCUUUGGGUGUGCUUCUGCGAGCAACGAACGUCCCCGAUGCCCGACGACUUUCCACGUUUAGAAACGUCUGGCGAAGGAUAUACCUUCAUGAUGACUGGGAAAAGCUACGACGAACCAUCAACCUUACGGAUGCGGAGGUGAAUGCUCAGUAUCGCAGUACGGCUCUUUACGCAGCCCUUCAGACGACGAUUGGGCAACAGCAGAAGCCUAAAGGCCUCAUUCUGUCACCAAGCGAAGCCACGGAGAUCUCGGCAAUGUCGGAUAUCACGAUCCGCUGGCCCGUACUAUCACCUCCAGAUGCAGAGAGAUUGUAUAACGAAUACCAGCAAGAGAGGCAGCGUCUGUUGGACUUGAAUCUGGAGAUGGUGUUUGAAAAUGUCCGGCAGCUCGUUCUUGAUGAUGAGAACCAGAUGGACUCUGCAUGA